CUGGUAUCUCAGAACGCUUCUGGGCAGGAUUUGCUAGUCCGGAGCCUCUGCAAUUGAGUCUUUGGAUUGAUUGAGAACGAAGUUAUUCUUGGUCGGCCAGGAUGUCAACCGGCGUCGACAACGAGGUUGAUCCUCUGGAAAGCGUCGACGUUGAUCUGUCCGCACAAAGUCUUCUGUUGGCUGCGGCGAACCACGAUCUUGAGGCGAUCAAGGACCUACUGAAGACAACACCAGCAACGGUCCAGGAUGCAGACACGGGAUUCACACCCUUGCACGCGGCCGUCGCAGCUUGUGAACAAGCAGAGGAUAUUAGCGGCGCCAAUGAAGAGAGUCGUGAGGGGCGCAAGGCUGAGAUUUCCAAAGCUGCGGAUACAGUGCGCCUGCUCCUUCAAAGUGGAGCAAUUUGGAAUGACCUGGAUGCCGCCAAUGAAACUCCGGGCUGCAUCGCAAAGAGGCUUGGCCUAGACGAGCUCUACCGAAUUAUAGUGGAUGCCGGUGUCCGAGCAGAGCUUCUUCUUUCCAAACUUGACGAGUAUGAGCCACUUGGAGACGGCGAAGACCCUCCUGAUGACGAAACCGGGGAAGAAAACCCAAGCGGCGAAGGACAGCAUCGCGAGAACGAACAUCCUGCGCUGGAGUCAGACCCUUCAGCAAGCAAUGCUGCCUAUCUUCGGAGUGCCAUUUCGUUCAACGACGCAAGCAUACUUGACUCUGCGGCGAACGGGGUGAUGAUGUCCUGGGAGAGGCCCAUUAUGGAAAGGCAUGCAUCGCUGUUGUGCCAAAAACCAGGCCUACGAGUGCUCAACGUUGGACACGGCAUGGGCAUCAUCGAUGAGUUUUUCCAGUCACACUCUCCAUCGACACAUCACAUUAUCGAAGCGCAUCCGGAUGUUCUUGUCAACAUGAGGACGCAAGGGUGGAUGGAAAAACCCGGAGUGGUUGUCCACGAAGGGCGGUGGCAAGACGUGCUACCCGAACUCGUGGCCGGUGGAGAGAACGCGACGGACGCUCUUUUCGAUGUGAUCUACUUUGAUACCUUUGCGGAAGAUUACAAAGCUUCGAGGGAUUUCUUCUCCGAAUGGGUCGUGCAGCUGCUGGACUCUGAUGGCAAAUUCUCCUUCUUCAAUGGCAUGGGAGCAGAUCGUCAGGUUUGCUAUGAUGUAUACAACAAAGUUGUCGAGAUUGACCUUUUCGAAGCAGGCUUCGAUGUUGACUGGGAGGACGUACCUAUAGCCGAUCUUGCAGCCAGCGGUGAGUGGGACGGCGUUCGCAGGCCCUACUGGUCUCUGAAAGUGUAUAGACUGCCAACCUGUAAAUUCUUAACAUAAGGUGGUUGGCAGAUUCUUUGCUUAAAUAACAAACGCAAGUACUAGCCUAAGUUUGAAUUACUCUCGAAACAUGCUAGCUAUCACGUUUUCAGAGAAACGGGAAACCACGAUAUGCAACAUCGUAGAAAUUCAAAAAAUUACAAAAAUCUGAUCCUAUUCAGCGCUAGGGUAUCAAAGCUUUGCCUCCUCCUGCUCUGCCUUCGCCUUAACAGAUUCAUUGAAAGUUUGGUAAUUCACCUUGCUCUUCGCUUCCAGGCCAGACCACACAAAGAGAGGUGCAUACAAGACGCCGAAAAAUUCUUCUCGAUGCCUCAGCUUGGUUUGUCCAUUUCCCUCGUCGCUCAACAAGAACAUAUGUUUGCCGCCAAAGAUCAUAAAAGCUCCUAGCUUGCCCUCCCACGCGAAGCCAUUUUCUUCUGCUAGCGAUACCGUCAUGGUCAUUGUUGUUGGCUUUCCCCCCGGUUCGCCCAUAGUGACGGCUAACUGCUGGCCGACCGCGAGCGGCGCGUCGGCAGCAUCGCUCAGUGGCUCGAUCUUCUGGAUAAACUUGGACCAUGACGGG